AUGGAAAACUGCUCUUUCAGAGUCAUUACCAUGGUGAUAGGUCUUUAUGUUGCUGGAACCAUGGCAAACACAUCAAAGAAAAGCGGUAUUUCAUUCAGUUCUGUAUGCCACUGGAAUGACUAUCUUCUGAUAAACCGUUCCUUCACUAGAAAGCAUGUAGACACAUCACAGACAUCAGUCCUCAUGGAUGUAAGUUUCAAUUGCUUCAGUAGUCUCUCUCAGUCAUCCAUGAACAAAGAAGAAUGGAAAAUAAAUUAUCUGGAGCUCAGUAACAAUCGCCUACCAAAAAUAACUGUAAGCACUCUUGCAUACUUAGGUGGUUUGGAAAUACUAAAUCCCAGCAAUAAUGCCAUCCACUUCAUUUCACUGGACCUGCCAAGCCUUAAACCCUCAUGGGUGAAGCGCCGCAAGAGCAGAAAUGGCCUUUUGUUGCUAAAGGUGCUCAUUCUUCAGAGAAAUAAACUCAGUGACACUCCCAAGGGAUUAUGGAAACUGAAGUCAUUACAGAGUUUGGACCUGUCAUGGAAUGGGAUAUCACAAAUUGGUUUGACUGACUUUCAGAACUGUCUACAACUAAAGCACCUCAAUUUAAAGAGCAACAAGAUUUUCAGAAUUCACCCAGAAGCCUUCAGGAAUCUCAAAAAAUUACAGGUUGUAUACGUCAGCAACAAUGGUCUGACCACCAUCCUCCCGAUGACGGCCAUUUCUCUAGAACUUCUCCAUCAGGAGGUUGACUUGGCUAGCAACCAGUGGAGGUGUGGCUAUAAUAUGAUAAUCAUCCAACAUUUCAGUUCUGAAUCCUGGAGGAAAAUGUGGGACAAAAUUUGCAACAAGUCUAUAGGGAAUGAGGAAGCAUUCUGGCCGAAUCCCCAAAGCAGAAUUUCCAGAGAGACCCACCACCCUCACAAUCUUAAUCACGUGAUAAAACUCCUAACAAGACAAGCAGAUAGGCCCCAGGCAGGAAUGUCUGAGAGCUUUUCUACUUCAGAGAGGAAGGAACAAGUCCACUCUGAUGUCAAUGAGAAGAAACGUCUGCCAAGACGGGUGAGAGAUACCCAGGCCAUUCAGACUUUGGAGAGAAACGAAGUUGCUUCCCAGGACCUCUUGCUGGCGGUCUGCCUGUCAGUGUUCAUAACAUUCUUUGUGGCUUUCUGCCUGGGGGCUUUGACAAGGCCUUAUAUUGACAGACUGUGGCAACAUAGAUGCCCAAACAAAAGCUCGAAUUCAGCAAUUACGUAUUCAAAUGAAGGCUUCUAUGAUGAAAUUGAAGGUGCAGGAAACAUACAGCUCCCCACAAGAUUUCCAUCCCAGUCCUGUCAUGGUUUAAACCUCUGUGAGAACCAGGAUGCUUCCACAGUGACGUCAAACCUACAGGCUGUUGUCACUCAUGACAGGCAUCUUGGAAGCAGCAGAAAAGGGCUGGGCAGCCAGCAGAGUACCACACUAUGUGGAAACCACCCCAAAGCUGGAAAUAGACAUGAUAACCUGCUUCCAUAUGCCAGUGCAGCCCAGAUCACUCUCCAUGCUGCUAAUAAUGAACCACUUACUGCAGCACAAGAUCACAUCUACAAGAAUGAUAGUCCCAGAGAGUUAAUUUAUGAAACAGCGACCCAGCAAGAUUCUCUCAGUAAGCAUUCACUGAGCGCCGCUUCAGUAGCUACUGGCAGAUUGCAAACUGUCUCUGGUUCAAUUCUUAAUGAUUCUAAUGAAUUAAACCCAUCGCUCUCCAGAGAAAUGGUGUCUUCUUUCUCUAACAUGCUAACACAUACCAACACCCAGAGGACCAGAGAGAACAAGGAAAGAGAGCGUGCUGAACAGUUACAUUCAGGAAUGCCAGACUCUCAGCUGGAAUUUUCUAAGGAAAUUCCAAUGAGCACAUACAUUAACUUACAGGGUAUACCACAGCAAGUGUUCAAAGGGAUGAGUUCUGAGGAAGAGCAUUCAUCCUACUACACCACAGUCACACCCAGUGAUCCAGGAGAUAUGGAUCCAUCAGUCUGUCAUCCAAGAUGGAACAGUAACCCGGAUGUCACUCCUGCCUACAUGGAAUCACUGCAGAACUAUGUUCCUUCUGACACUCAGUCUGGAUUAGAUACUGACUACGAUUCUGAUGAAGGGUCUUUAUUUACAAUAAGUUCAACGGGUACAGAGGGUGAAAGGAGUCUGACUGGAGAAGACGCGUAUGGUGAGGAGAGCCACGAGGCCAGAGAGCCCCUGGAGGACAAGGACACAGGGAACAGGACAGAUGACAUUAGAUCAUUAGAGAAUCUUGAGGACAUCAACAUCUACCAGGACAUUCUGGGGAAAUAUGACAAUCAGGAAGUUCUCUUUGAAGACCCUCUUGUUUCUGGUCCAGGCUCUGGUUUGUGUGAGACUCAUCUGGAAAGCGCCUCCAACACUAAUGACUCUAAGGAUCCACUAACCCUGCCUGGGUCCCGAGACAGCAGUCCUGUAAGUGUGGAAAUUCCAGGCACAUUCAUUUAUGAUAAUGUCAUCAUUCCUCAGUCAGAGGCAGCACAAUGGCAUUGUUCACUGAGAGACCUAGAAUCAUUUUCAGAUGUGGAUAUUUAUUCAUGUCCUCCUUAA